UUUUUCUUCUUUUUCCCGGUUAAGUUGAACUGUGGAAAUGUGAAUGAUUCGUUUGACGUCCUUGCCCCUUGUGCCCUAAUAACCUUCGACACCCAAACAUCGCAUACGCUUUCCAUUUGUAACUUCCGGCCACCAGACUUGGGCGAACCUUACCUCCAGCCACUUCAGGGAGUUCCUCCGCCACUCCAUGAAAAUUUAAAAACUUUAUACAGUUAUAAUACCGAUUUUCAUCACAUACUGAAUUUUUGUGCUCUUUAGAUUGAUUUUGUUCAAGGAAUGGGGAAAUCCUCAAAGAAAACGAAGAAAGUUCAGAAAAGGGACAUUAGUUCAGAUGAUGAUGAUGAUAACAUCACAUAUCAACUUCAGAAUGUGGAUAAUGAGAAACAUGGCAUUGAGGAUAGUGAUACUAAUGGAGAUGAAGGCAGCGAUGAUGAAGAAGAGUAUGACUCAGAAAUGGAAAUUAUGAAUUUGGAGAACAAGGAAGAUGUUUCUGGAAAUGAGGACAGUGAUACUAUGGGAGAGGAUGAUGAUGAUGAUGAUGAAAAUGAGAGUGAUGCAGAGGAUGAUGAUGAUGAUGGUGUAGACAUGAAAACAGAAGACAACAAUCAUUCUGAUCAGGAAGAACUUGAGAAGGAGUUAAAUGAUCUUCGCCACCAGGAACAAGACCUUUUCAGAAACAUACGAAGAGACCCAAAUGAGGAUCUUCAGAAAAGCGAAGCAGUAAAAAAUCAAAGGGCUCUCUGGGACAAAACUCUUGAGUUCAGAUUUUUACUGCAGAAAUCAUUCUCAAAUUCAAAUCGACUCCCACAGGAGCCAAUCAGAUCUGCUUUCUGCAAUUCUGAUGAAGGAGUUAAAGAAGCAUAUUCAGACCUAAUUGAUUCAACUAAGAAAACCCUAGAUUCUAUUCUUAAAUUGCAGGAGGCACUUGUUGAGAAGAAUCCUUUAAUUAUGGAAGCAACUGAAGAAAAUUCUAAAAGUGUAGAAGCUUCCAGAAAAGGAGAUGAAGAAUGGUUCAAGAUUUCUGAAAUGCAGUCUAGAAUUGGUUCAUUUAGAGAUAUGUCGGUGGAUAAAUGGCAGAGGAAGACACAGGUGACAAGUGGCGCUGCUGGCAUCAAAAACAAAUUCCAAGCCUUCAAUCAGAAUAUCAGUGAACAAGUUGCGUUUUACAUGCGGGACCCAAGUAGAAUGAUCAAAGGGAUGCAGCAAAGGAGAUCUGUCGUCCCAGUUUUUGGAAAUAAUGUUCCCAACUCAAGUGUCGAUGAUGAUGAUGGUGAUGGUGAUCCUGAACUGCUUGAUGACUCUGAAUUCUAUCAACAAUUACUGAGAGAAUUUUUUGAAACUGUUGAUCCCGAAUCCUCAGAGGCUGCAUUUUAUGCCCUCAAAAGACUACAAACCAAAAAACGUAAAAUUGUUGAUCGACGUGCUUCUAAAAGCCGUAAAAUCAGGUAUCAUAUCCAUGAGAAGAUUGUGAAUUUCAUGGCUCCUCAGCCCGUUAACGUACCUCCAAUGGCGCCUAAAUUGUUUGAAAACUUGUUUGGCCUCAAAACCCAAAAACUUGCUUCUUCACUAUCUUAACCACUUUUUUUAAAAUUUGCAUUUUUUUUUUUUUUUUUAAAUUUAUAAUGUAACUUUCGUUAUCCUUUCCUUUGUUGUAUGGUUGUGUGG